AUGAAAGGCUCAACCUCAAGCAGCGCGCGCUUCGUGUGCCAGCCGAGCGAUGAGGUCUCGCUCGCCUUCAAGACCACUCGCGCGCAGCCUCGCCCAGAGAACGCGCGGCCGGAGAUGGAAACCUUCCUGAAUGUGCCCCCUGACGAGCUCGAGGAGCUCCUGAACGUGGCUCUGGGGCACAUGGACGAGCUCUUCAAGAGGGAGUGCAACCCCGCCGAGGGGCACAGGUUCGCCCUGGCGCUCACGCGCAUCGAGGCGGAGAGCUCCGCGCGCACCCGCGACAUCCAGGCCACCUCGACGUUCCUCCAAGAGGAGUCGCGCGGAACCACCGAAGCGUUCUGUCGCGCCGCGAGCACCCCGCAGCGCAAGCUCCGCGCGAUCCAGCGCGGGGAGGAUGAGUGGCGGGUCGGCGCGAUGCUGGAGGCCGACGGCGCGACCUGGGGCCCGACGGACUGCACGAACGUCAUUGCGCUGGCGGGCGCGGCGCCGCACGCCGCGGCGCGGGCGGCGCGGGCGGCGCGCGACGCGCAGGACGUCGAGGACGCGCGCAAGCGGCUGGUGCAUGGGUUCCUCCAGCUCAUCAAGAUCGGCCGCGGUUCCGCGGCGUGCGACGUGGCGACAGGCGGCGCGUGGUCGCCCAAGGCGCCCGAAGUCGUGAUCGUCGGUCUGCAGGCGAUGCCGACGAACCCAGCGGCGAGCCAAGCGAUGUCGCGCAUGUCGCACGUCGAGCGCUGCGCGCAGGGGAUCGUGCGCGCCCGCGGCACGGGCGCGCUGCAGGCCCUCAGCAAGGACGCGCUGGUGCCGCCCGACGCCUGCGGAGUCGCUGCGCUGCUCGAGAGCGCCGAGCAGGACUGGGAUGCAGCGGGGCGCUUCCCGUGCAUCACGAUCAACGUCCUGCAGAGCAACAUGUUCGAGACACCUUGGGUGUUCCUCACGCUGCCCGACGGGAUGCGCUGGCGGGGCAAACCGCCACGCGGCAAGAAGGGCUACCAGCCGCUGGUGCGGCUGAUCGCGGAGGCCGCCGACCGCGAGGCGCUCGACCGCAUCCAGGACCCCGUGGCCCUGCGUUGGUCGACAUGCGUUGAGAAGUGCAUCGCACAGCGCGCCAGGCUGCCGCGGUCCCGCGCGGACGACGCAGCGACGCGGGCCGAGCUGCUGCGGUGCGUGCUGGACGCCUACGCCGCGUGCCUGACGUCGCCCGACGCCAUGGUGCGUAUCGACAGUGAGAUCGAGGAUCGGGUGGCGGCGGCGUUCGCGGAGGGUGGCGACGCGGCAGACGGCGGCUCGGAGGACGCGGGCGAGCGUGGCGGGGAAGAAGAGGCGGUCCGUGCUGCUGGGGAGGGCGACGGCCUGGGGGAGGGUCUCAGUGGGUUGCGAGUUGAAGGGACGGAGGCGGACGCGUCUGCGGCGAGCCAGGGCGCGGCGUCGAGGGACGGCGAGGCCGGUGGCGAGCCGGACGAGGUUCCUGCGGCACGGAGCGGGCUGCCGGAGCUGCGUCGAAAGGCGCGCGGGAAUGGCGGCGGGCCGGCCGAGCACCCGUGGCGCUUCGAGGGCGUUCUGAGCGACGACGUGACGCUGGCGUUCGAGACCGUGCGAGUGGAAGCUCGCCACGAGGGCGACAAGCCGGCGAUGGAGACGUUCCUGAACGUGGACGAGGAGGAGCUGGAGGAGCUCCUGGGGGUUGCGCUGCGGCGCGUGUGGGAGUUCCUGGGCACCGUCGCGGACGACAGGGCGAAGGUGGUGACGCGCUUCGAGGCCGAGUGCUGGAGCAAGACGCGCGACAUUCGCGCCGUCUCGACACUCACGAACUUCGAAGGCCCCUCCGUCGAUGCCUUCUGUCGCACGGUCAGCGUCGACGGCCGGAAGCUGCGCGCCAGGCCCGGCAGCGACAGGGCCCGCGUGCACGCGACGCUGAGCGAGAACGGCAACACGUACGGGCCGCUGGACUGCACCGAGCUGGUCAACGUGGGACGGGGCCUCAUGCAGAUGUCUGCGCAAGACGCGGCGGUGGCGUACAACGACGUGGUCCGCGACCUGCAAGCCGAGCGGGCGCUGUACUGCUUCCGCGAGAUCAUCCCGUACGACCACGGUGACUGGACGUGCCCGUACGACGUCUCGGGGGUGCUAUCGCGGACACUCCCCCACAUGAUCAUGGUCAUGGUCCGCCCGUCGGAGAUCGAGCCCGCGAGCUUCUACGAGAACUGCAGGCGCUUCAAGGCGCUCACGGCGGACUCGGGCGCGCCGGAAUUCUGGGCACGGCUCGUCGUCGAGGCCCUGGCCGAGCGCGGGGCGCUGCGCGCCGUGAGCGUGAGCGCGCUCCUGCCGCCGCGCAACGAGGCCGCGAAGUGCCCCGAGCAGGCCUGGGACGGCAAGACCCGCUUCCCAGCGGUGUCGGUCAACGUCGCGCUCGAGCGAGACCCCGCGCAGGGCAUCGUGCCGUCCGUCUGGCUGGAGCUCCCGCGCGGGAUGCGGUGGAAGGCCGACCCGGUCGCGGCGCCGUCGGGCGUGCGGCGCGUGAGCGGGACCGUCACGAGCGAGAACGAGGUGGAGGGGUGUUUUUAUUUCGACAACGGUCUGCGGUGGCAGGACGUCACGGAGUUCAUCGACGCGCGCGUGCGCGACAUGGCCGCGGCCGGGGACGCGCGGCCGGUGGCGGAGCAGCAGCGCGCGGCGGCGGACGUGGUGUCUGCUGCGGCGGCGAACCCAGCAGCGAUGAGUGCGCUGCUGUCGGCGGGGGGGCUGGAGGCGCGCGCAGCGGUGCUCAGCGACCCGCGCGCGGCGCGGAGCGCGCUGGCGAGCGUCGACAUGGCGGCGAUGGUGCGGGGGAUCGGGCCGCGGCGGGCCGCAGGGCACGCGGGCGCGGCGCAGGGGCGGUCGGGCGGGGGCCGCGGGAAGAAGGGGAAGAAGCACGGGCGGCGCGGGCGGUAG